AUGCAUUUCCAACCCUCGGUCAUCGCCGUCUUCGCGGCAAUGCUCACUGUGACCAUCGCAGCGCCAACAUCUGGCUCUGAAAUCAAAGAGAAGCGAGUGGCAGCUCCUGGCGAUCCAGGCAAAGACUAUGUCUACCCGUUCAAAACCUACCCGGAGGAAGAGAAGCGAUCCGAUCCAGCCAAAGACUACGUUUACCCGUUCAAAACCUACCCGGGAGAGGAAAAACGAUCCGAUCCAGCCAAAGACUAUAUCUACCCGUUCAAAACCUACCCGGAAGACGAGAAGCGCGCUGCGGCUCAGGAGUUCGAGGAGGGCAAAUAG